AUGAUUGAACUCAAUGAAAAUGUCUCUACUAAUCAUUCGAACAUCUCAAAAAGUGAUAAGUGCGAUGAAGAUCUUAAACGUCAUCUAAGUACUCGACAUAUAACUAUGAUCGCUAUCGGUGGUAUUAUUGGCCCUGGUCUACUCGUGGGUUCAGGCACGGCACUUGCGUAUGCUGGUCCUGCAGGAGCUCUAAUUGCGUUUGUUGCCACAGGCAUAAUUGUCUUCUUUGUUAUGCAAUCGCUGGGUGAAGUCUCGACUGCAAUACCCGUUAGUGGCGCAUUUACUGAUUUUGCGGGUCGAUUCUGUGAUCCAGCCCUUUCUUUCGCUCUCGGUUGGAUCUAUUGGUAUCUUUGGAUUACAGUUCUGGCUAAUGAAUACAAUGUCAUAUCGGUUGUCAUUAUGUAUUGGACGGAAGCUGUGCCUCAAUGGGCGUGGAUUGUUAUAUGUUGGUUUAUUUUUCUUGCAAUAUCCCUCGUUGGUGUUCUCGUUUAUGGUGAAAUUGAAUUCUGGUUGAGUUUAGUCAAGAUUUUCGUUAUUGUCGUGUAUUUCGUUCUUGCCGUGUUAAUUGAUACCGGUGUUAUAGGUGGCACAUAUAUUGGUAUGCAAUAUUGGCGAAAUCCAGGUUCAUUUGCAGAUGGAAUCAACGGUGUGGCUAAAGUAUUUGUCGUUGCUGGUACACUCUAUGCUGGAGUAGAGAUGGUCGGAGUUACAGCUGGUGAAUGUCAAAGUCCACAAGUGGCUGUUCCACGAGCAAUCAAGCAAGUCUUCUUGCGAAUCAUAGUUUUCUAUCUUGGGAUGGUAUUUUUCAUCGGUCUGGUAAUACCCUACAAUUCGACUCGUCUUCUUUCUGCUUCGUCUAAAGUAGCUGCAUCACCUCUAACUAUCUCUUUGGAAAAUGCAGGUAUUCGCAUAGCUGCUCAUGUAGUUAAUGGACUUAUCGUUCUUUCUGUUUUGUCGGCUGGCAUAUCGGCAAUUUAUGUUACAUCGCGUACUGUGUUUUAUCUAGGAAAAACAGGAAGAGCCCCGAAAUUUCUUGGAAUUAUAAAUAAACAUGGUGUCCCAUGGCCGGCGAUUAUCUUUUGCAAUCUAUGUUCAUGUAUCUGCUUCGUUAAUCUAGGUUCGGGUGGGGCUGGUGCUGCUUUCACAUAUUUAAUUAAUCUCUCAGGUGUUUCGACAUUCAUUGUUUGGGCUACUAUAACACUUGUGCACAUUCAAUUUCGUCGUGGCUUGAAAGCACAAGGAAUGAGUACUGAUGAUUUACCAUUUAAAGCAAUGUGGUAUCCAUACGGUGCCUACUUUGGUCUUGGAGCCAAUAUAUUUCUAAUCUUCUUUCAAGGAUACACAAGUCUAAUGCGACCGUUUGAUCCGGCUGCCUUCACCGUCUCCUACAUUAUCAUUCCUGUUUUCUUGAUACUUUUCCUUGGAUAUAAAUUUUCGAAAAAAACUCAAUGGGUAAAAGUAUCCGAGAUGGAUAUCUGGUCUGGUCGACGUAUUCUUAACAAUAACGUAGCCAACACAGACAAACGAACAAUAUGGUCGCAUAUAAAAGCUAUCUUCAUCUGA